AUGGCAGCAGCACUUCGGAGCAGAAACCCUAAAAUCUCCAACCCCCGGUCUCUCUUUUCCACCCUUUCUUCUCCUCUCUCUUCUCCUCUCUCAGAAAAACCCUCCACCCCCUUCCGCUCCUUGAAAUCCACCAUCCGAUCAGAACGCGACCCGGACAAACUCGCCGAGAUCUUCCAGAACUCGUCCGACUCCCCACGCUUCCGCCGCGACCGAUCCGUCUUCGAUCUCACUGUUCGUAAGUUGGCCAGCUCCCGCCGCUCCGAUCUCAUCGACCGCGUCCUCGGCCAUCAGAAAUCCUUCGCUGCGGCCCCCGCGUCGAAAUCCGAGGGCUUCUGGAUACGGAUCAUGAAGCUAUACUCGAAUUCCGGAAUGGUCGAUCAGGCCGUCCGGAUGUUCGAUCAGAUGGAGGAGAUCGGGUGCAAUCGAACGGACAAAUCGCUCUGUGCGCUCCUCAGCACGUUCCUGUGCAACCGCCAGUUUGACCGGCUGCACGAGUCCUUCUCCGAGAUUCCAAAGAAAUUCGGGAUUUCUCCGAGUGUAGUUGCGUACAAUCUUGUCCUUCGAGCUUUUGUCGAGGAGAAAUCAAUCGAAUCAGCACGUUCACUGGUUGCGAAGAUGGAGAAAGAAAAUGGGGUAAAACCUGACAUUCUUUCUUAUAAUAUCUUGUUACGUGGAUUUCAUGAUGCCGGGGAUGAAAUAGGAUUUAAUGAGAUUUUGAAGGAAAUCUCAUGGAAAGGUCUAAGUCCUAAUGUGACUACUUACAAUUAUAGGAUUUUAUCUCACUGUAAGAAGAAUGAGAGUUUCAAGGCAAAAGAGUUGUUUGACGUGAUGAUUUCCAAGGGGAUCAAACCGAAUUUGGCUAGUUAUAAUGCUGUUAUUGAUGGGUUAUCCAAGGAAGGUGAUUUAACAUCAGCGAAGAGUCUUUUUGAGAGUAUGCGGUCAGGUGGUGUUCUGCCGAAUAAUGUUACAUAUGUGACAUUGGUUCGGCAUUUGGUUGAGAAGGGGGAGUUUGAUUCAGCGUUGGAGAUGUGUAAGAAGAGUUUGAAAAGGAAGUGGGUUCCACCAUUCGAGUCCAUGGUGGGGUUGGUCAAUGGCCUAGUGAAGAUUUCCAAGGUUGAUGAAGCAAAGGGGAUUGUUGAGAAGAUGAAGAAGAAGCUUACUAGCAGUGCGUUGGAUUCUUGGAUGAAGGUUGAAGGUACUCUUCCUUUGUAG